AUGCUUUCCGGUUCUGAACAAUUCUAUGGUCGCUGCUACUGCUGUCGCUACAAGUCCGAUAUCAGGAUAACAAUCUUCCCGUUUCCCCCAAUUAAUAUCAUUACUCUAUUCGCAAAUCCAAUCACACGUUCACAACUAUUUUCCUUCAUGAUCCUGACCCCUUCUGCUGAUUUGCCGUCUUCAACAACAAGACAAUCCUUUUGUAGUUUUUUACUCAACUCCAUACACCCUUCUUCAGAUACACUACACUUUGAAAUCUCCGAUAAUAUGUUAUUCUGCUUCGAUCAUCUCGGCUUUGUCGUUAGUCACCUCUCCUUUAAUCUGUUACCUGUCUCGAUAUAUGAAGACAAACAGAAAAAGUUAUUGGAAUCGGAGAAGCUAGUUUCUCAACUUACUCGCCAUUUUAUCCCUGCGAAUGAGUAUUGGAGGAUAUAG